AGGAAUACUUUGCUCGGACGAUCUUUCGAUUAGAGCAUAUAACCAUGAGAUCUCUCUCUUGGCUUCUCUUUACGAUUUUCAGUUUGUUAUCGUCGUGUUUACUGCUCGUGAGAACUUCAGAAACUGACGGAGUCGAGACCCAAGAUAGCGCUUCAAUACCCGGUCAUCUAGAACCGCUUGGUUCAAGAAACACAAAGCACUCUUUGGAAGUAAUCCAGAAUUAUCCCGACCCAAAAACCUUCUUUGAGACAUAUGUGGUUCCUAGCAAGCCAGUUCUCAUUCAAAACGCCGCAAAAUUGUCGACAGCCUUUUAUAAAUGGAGUGAUGAAUACUUCUUGUCUCGUCCCGAAGCGAGCAAAGAAAAAAUACAAGUAGAGAAAAGAAAGAAAGAGGAACGGACAGGACCUUACGAGGAAAUUCCCUUCAGCGAAUUCGUUGAAGGUUACAAGGAGAAAGAUAUCUAUAUGGUGAGCUCUGUUCCCGAGUUUAUGAAGUAAGUUUAAAUGAAGUAAGUUUAAGCCAAUUUUGUGGCGAUUCUUUUCUCUGCUUUAUGUUAUUUGUUUUAUUAGCAAUUUCACUACUCUCAUUUAGUUAAAAACUAUGCUUCUCCGUGCUGUUUCGACCGGGCCAAUAUAUACGAGACACGUCAUUAUCUUCUUGCAUUUUUGUAUUUACGUCAGUUAGUUUGGGAUUCCUGUCUAGCCCGAUCUCAGGGACAGGUUUACAUCGUAGAAUCGAAAACACCUGCGGUGGUUUUAGGACUACCAAAGUCAUUUGAAUACAUCCUAAGCUCAACAAAUUAGAAAAAAAACGGCAUCGUUUAAGCUCUCAAAAUAAUUUCAUCUAGUAAUAAUAUUAUACCGCUCUUCCCAAUACACCUGCUCCGACGCAUAGGAAAUAUCAAUUACAUGUAGCAUUAAACAAGACAAAUUAUUUGUUCUUCGUGCUAAAGUAUUUGAUGUUGUAAUAAUAAUUUUGCGAUUUCUUUAUAGUUUAAGGUAGAAUUACAUUUAAAUGACAGAGUUAUAUUUGCUCUCAAUUUCAAAUUUUCUUUCUUUCUCAGAAGCGAUGUUCUUCUUCCCUCUCCUUUGUUGUGCCGUGAUGUAACAGAAACGUCGGACAUGUUAACUGAUGCUGUGAGUUUAACUUCUUGUUUUAUAUUUCUGUUUCUUUGGAAACCAUAAAAUGAAUCUUUCUUUGAUGGAUGUGUUUUAGGUGAUGUGGUUUAGCAGCGGAGGAACUAAGUCUGUUCUACAUUUUGACGAUGGACUGGAAAACAUCAACUGCUUGUUUGCUGGGACAAAGGAAUUAUUAUUCAUAGAUUAUCACAAGUAUAAACAUGUGGUAGGAAGUGAGAACAUGAUAUUGCUUUGAUAAAAAAUGAUAAAAGCUGCCUGGUUUAUCGUUCGUAAAGUGAGGGCUGCGAUACCUCCUCCACUGAUUUAUAUUUUGACUUUUUUAUGUUUAAGUAAUUAAACAAUAGCUUCCAUUCGGGCUGGAAAAGUGCUCAGAUAUUUGUCCACGGACAUUUUCUGUUCCGAAAGAAACAGGUUUCCGAGAGCAAAGCUCAAGGAAAGCUGUGCGCUCCGAAUAUUAUUAACAUAUUGAAAGACUCUCAUGACACUGGACGUGAGGUGGAUGAUUAGGAAUUUUACCAGAUCUUCCCCUACAGUUUUAGACGCGGCAUAUUUGCUUACCUGACACGAUUACACCAAUCUUGCUUUAGCAAAGACUUUUUAUACUUUUUAUAGAUUUUAAUGAGUGAUAUUUCGAGAGCACAUUUUUCAACCACCACAAGGACGUUGAUGUUGAUGUUUCGUUCCCGACCAACCUUUUUGACAGUAGUACUCUUUCUUGCUGAAUCCGCUCAAAAAUUUAGCCAAUACAUUUAGUUUCAGUUUUAAAUCGUGUAUCCGGGUUUUGACACGCAGAUAGAUUUUGCUGCACCCAUAAAUUUCAAGUUUCAAGGUGAUAUAAACAGAUGAACGUAAAUAACAUCUCUAUACUGUAUAAUUCAUUUACUUUAUAGUUCUACGUAAAAGGAAGUGAUACGGAAACAUGUGCUCAUUGAUAAUAAAUCAGGAGCUAUGACUUUUCAACUAAUAACAUUUGAUCGUGACAAACUGUAAAAGAUAGGUUUUCUCUCCAGGUUCCCAUCGACUUCCCGGAAGGGAGAUACUCUGGUGUUGAUGUUGAUAGGUAAUCCUACUCUGUCUCACAUAAGACGUACUCCGAAAUAAUUCAUUUUUCUUUCCUGUUCAGCGAGAGAAAAGUUGACUUUUUCAUUUGCAAAAUAACAUAAAAGGCUUUCAAGCUGGCUGCAGCCAUAAUUCAGAUAAUAAAACUUACCUGGAUAAAAGUGAAAAGAAGCUUUUGGGAUUAUAGUGGCUGAACCAAAGGGAGAGUCAAGGUGGGGGGGGGGGGGGGAUACAUACCCCUUUUCCUUCGGACCUUUGGGUUUCUUCAGUUACUUGUCUGACACCAAAAUUCUUGACACGACAGGAUCACAGGUUAAUACUCAACCUGAAGGUUUUAACAAUUAUUUGUCUUGAAAUAUUUCUUAUCUUCUUUAGGCCCUCGAGUGGAAAAAAAUCAGUAUAUUUUCUGUAUCUCCCUGAUCCAUCGUUGAGUCACGCUUUCUUUACACGACUAGUUACAGCACCUCACACGAUAGUUGAAAUUCUCCUUUUUAUCUACUGAUAAUGUUGUGUAUUUAUUUUUGUUUUCAGAGUAGACUUUGUGAAGUAUCCUGGUCUCAUUGAUGUCGAAUACUACAAUGUGACGUUGAAAGCCGGAGACUGUUUGUAUAUCCCUCACAGAUGGUAACUAGAAAAUGAAUAACUUGAAUAACUAACUAAUAAAGCCAUGUUUUUGUUGCCGUUAGGUAGAAUUGUAUAGAAAUCAAACUGAAUACUGAGACUAAACACAAUAUACACCUACAAACAGAAAAAUAAAUUGGUUGGGUCACAGUAAAAUUUGUACCCUCAUUAACAGUCAAUUUUCUCUAGGCCUCUUUCCCCCCCCCUCCCCCCGCUCUGUACUCUUAGCGACGACUGAUCUCCCCUCCCUUCUUUUUGAAAACCAAGUAAUCCCCACAAAAUCUUCUGAUUCCCACCCCCCUGGAGACAGUGAUCCCUAUGUGGUAUAUUCUGACUGUGAACAUGGCUUUCAAUCGUUAAACGAGUCUCUAGAUGACUGAACGAGUCUCUGGAUGACUGAGUUAAGUGACAAUUAUCGUGUAUAGAUCCUCAAACGCGAAAAAUAAAGAUAAUAAUAAUAAUAAUAAUAAUAAUAAUGAUAAUAAUAAUAAUAGUAAUGAUAAAAAUUACAAUUCAUUAGUACCAGUGACGGUGUCUCCCGUGCGGUCAUCAACUCUCUAUUCGGAGUAUGUACAUUCGUGGUACCAGAAAAACUGCUACCUUACCAGAGGUGUUCCUUCAAUGAAAGAAACAGAUCUAAAAUUUAUAGGCUAGGGGGCACUGGUUUCCCCCGGAAAUGAUGUAUCUAUCCCUUAAAUGUAUAGGUUUUUUCCCUAAAUAACUGAGUACUUAAUCUUACAUUUCCUAACCUGUUGGCUUUGACCUGAAUUUGCCAGUUUUUUUUUAACUCUUAUUGAACUGUCAUCUGUAGAUAUAAAUACAGAGAAGACUUGCAUUUAAUCCUAAUUAUCUUUGAUCUUUAGAUUUUACAACUCAUAUGGCGAUUAAAUUCAGUUCCAAAACAGUAGAUGGCGUGUGUUGUUCUUGGUUGUUUUAGGUUUCACCAAGUUCGUUCAUAUGAUCGCAACAUAGCAGUUAAUCUAUGGUGGCAGCAUAAAGCAAACUUCGUUCCAAAGGAUUGUGAAGGAAUGGAACAAAAUCAAACCCUGGAAAAAUUUACGUUCACCACUCUAGAGAAACUCAUCGAACAACCAGAGGAAACUUUGAUGUAAGUAAGAUGGAUUGAUGCACUUUUAAUUGGUUUGUAAGGCAGGAUUUCGGAUUCAAUUUUUCUUUGCAUGGGAGUAGCCGUUUUUAUUACUUUUGAGGAUGCGUUCGUUUUCUUGAAGAUCGUUUAAUAAGUUGAAGAAACACGAAGUACAUCUUUUUCCUACUCAGGUUACCCUAGGUGCGAAAAAGGAGUAAAUUAACCCUUUGAGAGAUGCUGCCACAUGAUGAAAACGUGCAAGCUUUUGGCGUUAAAUUCUGCUCUUAGUGGAUGCAAUAAGAAACAUUUUACUGACGCCUAAGAACCGGAAAAUUUCAGUGAGAAAUGACCAAGGACUCAUCGUGCUGAGUAAACUGCAUCUUUGUUUGCCUUACAGGAAUCAUUUGAAACACUUUCUCGGCAAGAAUGACCACAUUUCAUUCAAGACAUUUGUCAAAAAACUAAGAAAGGUACAUAUAAGAUGCACUAAAAAAAACCAAUGCUUCGAUGUGAUCAAUAUGUAUUCAUUUUUUUUAUGUAAAACUGUUAAUCUGGAUUUUCGUUCGAAACAGCUGACCGACUUUAAUAGUACCACAAAAAAGAGAACAUAUUGAGUCCAUUGUUUUCUUUUAUGGUAAUACUGAAAUAGAUAUGUACCCGUAUCAAAAAUAUGUAGAGUACAGCAUAGCAACAAAGGGGCACUAGAAAGGAUUAAAGUGGAACCUUAAUUUUUUUUAUUUUUUAUAAAAAAAAACAGUAUCAGAAAAUUGAACCAUUUUAGAAAAAUCAACUUCAGAAAGGAGCUCAUUACUAGGUAAUAGGCUCCUAUUUCAGACAAAUGGAGAAGCUCUAGUUAGCUCAAUAUUUUCUGAAGGGCAUUUAAACUUCUUUGGUUUUUGCUUGCCGGUAAAGUUUUUCGUUUUCGUUUAUCUUUCUCUCAUAAAGUUUCUCAGUCUCUCUGCUCUUGUUUGUUAAAAUCGCAACUGACGUUAAUCAUUUCCUAUAGCGCUUUGUUUCGUUACAUUUUUACCUUAAGUCCAAUUGACGUUGCCCAAUGAUGCGAUGCACUGAUCGUAAUGAUCACGUGACUACCAAAUUUUCUUUCUUUUAGGAUCCUUAUUUUGGUAAUAAUAACACCUUGACGUGGACCGAGGACAUGAAAUCAACAACCAAAAAGGUACCAUUAAAAAACGUCACCAUACUGAAACAAACAUCUUCCUCGUAAAUCAUUGCGCUUACUGUACACGCUCACUUCCUUAAAUGAGGGAAGUUUUUUAUUCGUGGUUCGUCUAAAAAUGUUGUAGAAGCCGGUUUUGGUAAGUUAAAUGUUACAUUCAUACCCUGAUUCUCGACAAAUCUAUUUUUUACACCACCCAGCUCUUCAAAUUGAUGGACACAGACGAGGACAAGUCUUUCUCUUCGGCUGAUCUUGAAGAACUAGUAAAAGCUGAUGAUGUAAGUGCAACUGGAAAGAGAAGGGCAGUUAACCUAAAUAUUUUGCCACUCUAGGAAAAGAAGUGCGAUCAGAGGAACUCUGCUAUAUUAAAAGAGAGCAACAAUUGUAUUAUUUUGCUUUCAAGACGAAAUAAAUUCUAUUUUCUUGUUGCUUUGGUAUUAUUGGAAAUUUUUUACAGAAAAUGUAAGAGUUUCAGAAGCAUUGGUUGAAUUAUCAAUUGAUUAAUUUGAACUGGGUUAGGGGGAGAGCCUUUCGAAAAAUUACGUUUCAAAAUACCAACAGCUAGUCAGAAUACUAUCUUCAAAUUCUUGUCGUUGCAGAGUUAAUUUCGGUACAGAGACUAGUUGCUUCUUGUCUGUUAUGUUAACACUGAAUCUGAUUCAAUUUAGGAAACCAUACGCGCCCUGACAAAUGAAUACUUCAGGCUUGGUGACCUGAUGGAGCACGCUCAGGAGAAACUUCAAGAAAACAAUGAGUUGUAUGAAGAGGAUUAUGAAGACGGUGCAGGAGAUGGAGAUUAUGACAUUCAGCCAGUGAAAAGGUCUGGAAAACAAAACUCCAAAGAGGAACUUUGAGGAACAGUUUAGAUAUGAAAUAAACAACUUUUUCAUAGCA